AUGGCGACGGAAAUCAUGAACGCAUUGAAGACACUCGCGGCGCCGCAGGACCAGUCCAAGUGCAAGAGCUUCCUUGUAGCGCUGCGCAGCAUUUGCACCAAGCCCAAGGUCCAAGACCUGCUGGAUCGGCUCGAUAGGUUACAGACGCAAAUGACCAGAUAUAUUCAAUUCUCGACCAGGCUCUACCAAGUCACGAACCUCUCCGCGACCAUCGCGCGGCUCGAAGCCACCAACAAACUAAUCCAAGUACAGAGACGGCAAGAUUUGCAAAGGCUCAAGGAGGAUUUGAUAGCGGCUGUGAGCCAUUGUUACAACCAAGAGCUCGACUCUGCUCGCCACAACAAAUCUGCUCCGGUGACCUCGGGCGACUUGCAACAGCCCCAACUCGCCGCGAAGCGCCUGAGCGAAGCGGGACAGACGACGUCCAAGAACCAACAAGUGCUGGAAGCGCUCUACUUUAGGACCCUGCCGUCUCGAAGCCAUCAAAUCGCACCAGCACAUGCAGAAACCUUCAAGUGGGCGUAUUUCAACAAUCCAAAGCGUCGUUUAAAGUUCCGAGAAUGCUUGAGACGCGGAAGGAUGUUUUCUGGAUACAUGACAAGCCGGGCUCGGACUAUUCUUCAGAGCCACUGGGCAAGGCAAAAACGACUCGUUCUGGUCAAGUUUCUCUUCGGGAAUGCCGGAGAAGCGUUGCAAAAGUCGCAGGCCGACACACUGCGGUAUGUGUUCUUUUAUAUCCUCCGGCAAUGCCCGAGACUCAUACCUGCUGCGCGGUUGGCAAUGCCAAGCUGGCCGCGGACCGUCUUUGACGACGAGUUUGGCGGCGAUGGCUUCUGGACGCUCAAGCUGGAGGACCUGACGAGUGGCGAUAUUUGA